CCCACAUCGACAAAUGGCUUCACCAGAUUAUCCAUCACCAUAACGUCCUGAUUUGCGCUUUACACACGAUCGCUCUUGUAUUUUUCUCCUUUGGGCGCGUCAAACUCAGACUGCGAUAAUGGGUGAAGGAACAGAUCUCGAUGGCGACACGAACAUGGAGGCCAUCUCUCCAACGACUCGGACUUUACCUCUAAAAGCGCCUUCGCUUGAGCGCAUCGACAGUCUCGCAUCUAUGGAAUCGCGCGUGGAUCCUGAUGCCCAGACAACUGUGACGGACUUUCUCGAUUUCACCGAUUAUCUACCUUCCGACAUCGUGCGAUCCCUUACCCUUAUCGGCCAACUCGACCAAACCUAUGCGACUGCUUCCCACAAGGUUCACGAUUUGACAGCAAUAUGGGGCCGAUUACCAACACUUCCCCAAGAGGAGCGCCCGGCGCCGGUUCAACUGAGGGCAGACAUCUCUGAACAGCUGGAGCAAGCCAUCAACUCUCGCACCUUCGCCCAUGCUGAAGCUAUCAGAAUGUCCGAGAACAUAAAUCGGCACUACGCCAAGGCCAAAGUUUUACUCUCCAAACUACGGAAGAUGAGAGACAACUAUCCAACAGAAGAACCCAAGAGUCCUGUUCAAUCGAAAUCGCCACAAUUAGCAAGGAGCAAGGCGCCGAACAAAGCUGCUGGUGAUGGCCAGAAGCCUCGUCGUCCACAAGUUCCUAGAAUUAUUGUACCCGGCGAAAUACAGGCGCCGUACGAUCUUGACUAUGACUCUUACACCGACGAAAGCGAAGUAAGCUCAGAUGAAGACUCUGAUACACCCGCGCCAAAUCGACGAACGCCUGCUCCUGGGGCGCGAAUCAAGGUCGUUACUACUAAACCACCCAAGACACCAAAUCGGCUUGCUCGUCCGGUCACAUAUGCUACGCCAGCUCUGAGCCAAGCGGCUGCCGCUAACAACGCCGCUCUGCUUCAGCCUCCGCCUGAAGAUGCAGUUGUGGGCAGUCCUGAUGCCCCAUGGCUACAGCUCACUCAAUAUGAAUUGGCCAAGUUGCGGAAACGUAUGAAGAAGAAUGCAACAUGGACUCCCAGCGAGACCAUGAUCGCUCGCGAGCUCAAAGCUCUAGGACGUGGUCCUGAUGCAUAUCAUGAGGCCAGAAAAAAGGCUGAAGAUGAAGGAGAAUCCUUCGAACCUCCAGUCCCCAAGCCGGUUGUAGACUCCGAAUCUGGGGAGAAACAACUUCCGGCCGGUGCCAUGAGUGUCGAGGUACUCGAGGCUGAAGAGGUCCCGACCAGCAACAGAGGUAUGAAACUAAACGAGGCCAAGAAAUUAAAGAGGGAUAGAGAUCUUGCAAAGAUGGCAGCAGAGGAAGCAGAGGAAUCUGCAAGGAAAAUGAACGAAGCUGCAAAGUUGUUUCUCGGGAACGGAAACAAUAACAGCAACAACAAUGGAAACCAAGGAACUCCAAAGACGCCAACGUCUGAGACCCCCAAAGAGACUCCAAAGCCCGCAAAAACCCGAGCUGCAUCGCGGUCGACCAAACGAAAAAGGGAGCCGGAGCCGGAGGAACCCAACAACAGCAACGGGAGUGCUGAAAAGACGGAAAACCAGUCCCUACGGCCUCAGGCCAAGCGAGCCAAAACCGAGACGCCAGUCCCACCGCCUCGUCAGCUUACUUUGAAUAAGGGCCCAAGUCCUGAGCAGGCAUUAUCCGCGCCUACAGCGCCCGGCGGUCUGCCUGCGGCGCAACACGCACAAACGCCCGUUCCCAUACCUAUCCCUGGCAGGACCACAAGAGGAUCGGUAAAGUCUCCAACACCAAGUCCUGCUACAGCGUCUGCUACAGGACCUUCCAAACCCCCUCCUCAACAGACUCCAGUUCCCCUACCAUUGACAGAAACCAGAAAGUCUGUGACUCCUGUACUGCCUCCAGUGAGAGAGAAUAGUAAAAGAGAGACCCGAGGUGAGGCAGCAAAGCGAACACAGCAGGCACAACAGCAAGCAGAAUUACCGCCGCCUCAAGUGAUCCCGACGAUUCCGGAGAUAUCUGAAGACGAGCCUCUCAAAACUGAGCAGAACUCAUCCCCGGCACCUCAGCUCCAACAUGUACAAAUUGCUCUUGCUCCCCCAACAUCCCCCCCUCCCCCUCCUCCACCGUCGCUCUCUCAACUUGCUCCCGAAGCAGCAAGUAAGACAGUAAACAAACAAGUUCCUUCUCGAGCGCCUACUCCUAGAUUGACUCCUGGCCCCGAAGGUCUUGCCAUACGCCGGCCCAGCUCUCGAGGUAAAGCUGCGAGUCAAGAGCCGCAGCCUUCGUUAGCUGCGGAUCGGCCACGACGAGCGAGCACCGCUCGCAACACACCUGCUCCUGAGCCUCGACCACCGAAGCGAACCAAGCGGCCUGCUCCUGGAAUUGUUAGCACCACCAAAAGCGGCGGUAACAGCGCUGUGGGUAAACGAAAGGCGCCACCGAAGAAGAAGGCUCGCGCGAAGAAGGACAAGGGGUCUGUCGAGGUCGAGCUGGAGGAUGUUGACGAUGACGGGAACCCGAUUGACCCAGACGAGCCGAAGUAUUGUCUCUGUAACAGAGUCAGCUUUGGCACAAUGAUUGCUUGCGAAAAUGCCGACUACUGUAAGCAGGAAUGGUUUCACCUCGAAUGUGUCGGCCUCGAAGAGGUACCUGCCCGAACGACUAAGUGGUACUGUCCUGAGUGCCGAAUUAAGCUCAACAUUGGUGAGAAGGGCGAGGUCAGCGCCCGUGGUGUCAAGAAGUAGGCAGUCGUGAUGGCAACGGGGGGUCCUGGGGUCCAUAAGAACCAGUGUGGAUGGCGUACGAUGGAGGACGGAUUUCAAUGUUUUUGGGCUCCUUUUGAGCUCUGGGAGAUAAUACCCUGGUGUUUAUGUAGAAUCAUGCUUAAAUGUAGCCGUCGAUAACAGACAUGGGCAAAGGACGGUUUUCUCGUCAAUGCUAUGGACGCAGGCUCCAUAGGACUUAAUAUCAC